AGAGGGUGAGAGUGUACAAACAAAGUGACAUAAGCUAAGGACAUGCGCAAUUCAGUUUAAUUUUUACAAAAACUUUUUUUUCAACAAAAGAAAUACUUCAUUCUCAAUAAAGUCAUGUCAGAAGAAAAACUUGAUCAAAAUUAUAAUCCUAUAAAGAAACUUAAGAAUAUUUUAUGGCCAUUGGGUGUUUGGCCCUUUAGUGACAAUUAUUUUUCCACAUUACGAACUAUUAUUUUUCUUCUUAUUCAGAUGUUAUUGGUGAUUAGUGUAGGAAAAGUUAUAAUAUUAGGAUACGGUAAUGCAGAUGAAGUGGUGGAUCUAUUAUUAUAUCUCCAAUGUGGAACAAUAGCUGCAAUAAAAGUGAUUUUUAUUCAAUAUUAUCGAAGAAAUGUAUUACAAAUAAUUUCUUUAAUUAAUGAGGAUUGGUCAACGAUAAAGGAUGAAUCGUUUCUUGAAAUAAUGAAAUCCUAUGCUUUGUAUGGAAAUUUUGUCUAUAAAGCUCAAUUAAUAGUCAUGUGCUCAGAAAUUUUAGUUCUCGCCAUUGCAAUGCAUCUAUGUGGUCAAUUUGACAUUUUGUGUGAAGAAAUAUGCAAUAUUAAAGGUCAAAAUUAUCAGGAUAUUCGAAUUCAAAUUGUUAAUUUUAGCCAAAAACAUCAAUAUUUGUUGAAAAAAGCUACAGAUUUAGAAGAAACAUUCCGUUUGAUUAUUAUGUUGCAAGUUGCAAUUAAUAUUUCUGGCCUAUCGUUACUUGGAAUACAGACAAUUAUAAAUUCAAAAGAAAAUGGUAUUUUUGCAGCUAUAAAACCAUUAAUUGGAAUUCAAAUUUUAUUGGUACAAAUAUUUUUAUAUUGCAUUGCCGGCGAUUUAUUGUCAUCGAAAGUUCAAUUUAUAGCAAAUGCAUCGUACGAAAGUAAAUGGUUUGAAUUUCCAAAAAAAUUAUCAAAAGAUGUAUUUUUUAUAAUGUUAAAAGCUGGAAAAUCAUUUAAUUUAUCAGCAGGAAAACUUGUUCCAAUGAAUUUAAGUACUUUUACUCGUAUUCUCAAAAUAUGCGUUUCCUAUUUUUCAGUAUUAAGACUAAUAAUGGACGAGAGAUAUAACAGUAAAUAAUAAAAAAUAAUAAUAAUAAUAAUUUCAACGAUAAUUAAGAAAUAAUUAUUUGUUAAUAUUAUAAUGUAAUAAAUAUUAGAUAAUUAUUUAUUACAUAAUAAAAAUAUUGUUAAAAUAAUUAUAUUAUAAAAAAUAGAA